AUGGUUUAAUUGUUUAAUCCAGGAGUUUUGGAAGACGAAGAUAUAAAAUUAUAGCUAAACUAAACUGAUUUACUUGAGAAAUAAGUUCCCUGUUAUUUUUUUGAUAUAAUUUGUAAAAAAGAUAACCAAAAAGCAGGGUCUAUUUGCUUGAGAACAAAAUUUACAUACGAAGAAGAAUUCCUUUGGGGUAAUAUGGGAUUUGUAGUAGAAAAAUAGUAUCAAGGCAAAAGAUUUGCUUUCAAGGCUUCAAAACUAUUAAUUAACUUUGCUCGAAGAUGUGGGAUGAAAUAAAUUUACUUCACUGUCGACCCAACGAAUAUACCUUCAAUAAAAACAAUAACAAAUCUAGGAGCUUACUAUCUUGAGACAAUAGAUGUCCCUAAAGAUUCAACAUUAUAUAAUGAAGAAAAAUGCUAAUAUUGCAGCAGAUUCUGCUUAUACAUUUGA